ACAGCUGAGCGCUGCGAGGGGCGGGAGAGGACGCACUGUACGUCGUGCAACUGCGUCCUGAGGUGGCUGGCUGGAAACGGGGACCACCUGAAUCCGAUGUCCGAUGCCCGGGUUGCGGGCGGGGAGGGCACGCUGGAAGGGCAGGACGCGGGAGUCGGAGCGCGGGAGCCGUGGGUGACUUGUGGGCUGGCGCGGUCCAGCGGCCCCCGGGUCUGCGAGGCGCCCUGGCGCCGUCCCCCGCCUCCGCCUUCCUUCCGGAGCCCCCUGAUUCCCAGCUCCCGCCCAGGCUUCGCGCCCCUGGCGUUUCCCUCGGCAGGGCAGGGUGCCGAGGGUCGGGCCCGAGGAGCCCAUUGCCACCCCUAACAGAUAGGAGUCCUUCGCCCCGGAUGCCUAGAGGCUGGACUGCUGGUACUGGGAAUGUAAACAAGAACAGACUAUUCAUUCCUGAUGGCUUUUAGUAUGUACUGAGAUAUGGCAUCUGAGACUGAGAAAACCCAUGCUUUACUCCAGUCUUGUAGCACUGAAUCCCUCGUUUCCAGCCUUGGUCUGGGGAUAUUUUGCCUUGUAGCUGACAGACUCCUUCAGUUUUCCACAGUUCAGCAGAAUGACUGGCUUCGCGCCUUCUCAGAUAAUGCAGUACAUUGUGUGAUUGGCAUGUGGUCAUGGGCAGUAGUCAUUGGAAUCAAGAAGAAGACUGACUUUGGAGAAAUCAUUUUAGCUGGAUUUUUAGCCUCUGUUAUUGAUGUAGACCACUUUUUUCUAGCUGGAUCCCUGUCUUUGAAGGCUGUUUUGACACUUCCACGAAGACCUUUCCUUCACUGUUCUACUGUGAUACCCAUCGUGGUUCUGACCCUGAAAUUGACUAUGCACCUUUUCAAGCUCAAAGACUCAUGGUGCUUUCUUCCCUGGAUGUUGUUUAUAUCCUGGACCUCACACCAUAUCAGAGAUGGGAUUCGUCAUGGCUUAUGGAUAUGCCCAUUUGGAAAAACUUCUCCUUUGCCUUUCUGGCUUUAUGUAAUAAUCACGUCAUCUUUACCUCACAUCUGUUCAUUUGUUAUGUAUUUAACAGGGACCAGACAAAUGAUGUCUUCAAAACAUGGAAUUCAUAUAGAUGUCUGAGGUGACCAUGUGGCAGUCUUGGAGAAGCAAAUGGUUUAGAUGAUGAUAAUUUAGGGUAGCCAACAGUAAGCGAAUUUUAAAAAACAUAGGUAUUAAUAUUGUUUAAUUACUUAAUAUUAUAAUUCCUCUUCUUCAGAAGGCCUGUACAAGUUUUUAAAAAAUUAUAUUUGUUAUAAUUCUCUUGUCUAUGACACUCUAGUGCAAUAUUAGAGUUUCAUUUAUUCCAUGAUAUAUUUUUAUUGUUUCUUCUGUUUAUUGAUUUUUAUUUUUAUUUUUUAUUGCAGCAUAUUAUAGGGGUACGAAUGUUUAGGUUACAUUGCUGCUUCUGUUUUUCUGGCUUUACUAGUACUUUUAGAUUGACAUCCAAUUCAUUUUCUGGAGGUACACCUUUAAUUUAGUCCAUUUCCUGAUGAAAAACAGCUCAAAUUUAGGGUAACUAAUUUAUAGGAAGUUAGCAUUAUAUUUGGGUCCAUACUUUCUUGAGAUAUUGAAACAGUGAGAUAGCCAAAAUAAAUAAUAUCGUGAAUAAGAUGUACAGUGAACACUAACAUGUAUUUAUUUCAUAUAUGUUGACCUUGACUGAAAUUUAAUUUAAAAAGUGUUUUAUGAGUUAGAAUGACUGGCAAAAUCUGCUUCAAAUAUUAUCUUAUCAUUAUAAUAUCCUUAAAAGACAGUAGCUAACGUUAUAUCUAGGUUGUUAUUUCAGAAAUAAAUUUAGGAAAUAAUUUUUUUAAGCUGCCUUUGAAAAAAGCAAGGAACUAAUUAUUAAAACAUGUUGGCUAUAGUAAUAUUUUGCUGAAGUAGUAUUUUUUAGUAUCCUUAACCAAGAAUCUCAUGUUAGUGUUUGUUUUGAAAAACAUAACUUAAUUUAACAAAAUAUUUGUUAAAAAAUAACAUUAACAAAAUAUUGAUACUUACAUCAUAACCAUAGCAUUUGAAUUCACACACAAAAAAGUAAUGACCAGUAAUUUCACUUCUAAAGUAAAUUCCUGAGUGUGCCAUCAUGCUUUUGUUGCUAUCAGUCUGUUUAUAUACCAUUCUAAAAUAUUGUACUAAUUAAAUAAUUUUUAAAAAUCUGCCUGAUACUGAGAGACAAAACAUUUUUUUCAAAAUAAAGUAGUUUUAGGAACUACUUAUCCUUUUCCUUUGUUCUUUCAGGUUGAUCUUCUGUUAAAAUGGUUAACUUUUAUUAGAGAAGAAAAAUUUAGUUGCUAUACAUUUCACAUGUGCAGUUUCAUGUUACUUUGAUGCUAAAGUCAGUACUCCAAAGGUACCUGCUAUUCUUUGUGGCAUAUGUGCUAUCCGUUGUCUUCAGAUUUUCUUCCAGAUUUGUGAUUUAUAAUGCAAGUGACUGUGUGCCUUAUUCUCUGAGAAACCAUGGAUGAUUCAUAAAGCAAUGCCUUAUCUACAGCAGAUUUUCUUACAUCUUAAGUUAAACAGAGUUCUAUAAAUUGUUAUGAAGGUUCAAGCUCUUCAGAGAAGUAACUUUUUUCCUGUUAACAAAUUGGUUGCAAUCUAUUAUAUUUUACAGUUGAUUAAAUGUUAAAAUCUAUUAUUUAUUGUCUUUCAAAAGUAAUUAUUAUAUAAAUUUGGUUAGUAUAAUGGUAAAUGUUAUAUAGUGGGGGUAAAUUUGAUUACAGAUAUUUUUAAAAUUUAUAUUUAAACUCAUUGUUUUGGGCUUUAUGGAGAUUUUUUAAAAAGCAUCUGAGUUCAGAAACCUGUGGAAAUAAAGUCUAUUAUCUUGUGUAACACUUUGUGACUAAA